AUGGAAGUGAGAGAACUAGAGGUGAGAGAACUUGAAGUGAAGGAGACUGGAGCUGAGAGACUUUUAAGUGUGAGGCAUAAAGAGGCAGAACAAACCCAUACCAUCAAGAACAAACCCAUACCAUCAAGAACAAACCCAUACCAUCAAGAACAGACCCAUACCAUCAAGAACAAACCCAUACCAUCAAGAACAAACCCAUACCAUCAAGAACAGUCCAUACCAUCAAGAACAAACCCAUACCACCAAGAACAGUCCCAUACCAUCAAGAACAGACCCAUACCACCAAGAACAGACCCAUACCACCAAGAACAGACCCACACCAUCAAGAACAGACCCAUACCAUCAAGAACAAACCCAUACCAUCAAGAACAGACCCAUACCACCAAGAACAGACCCAUACCACCAAGAACAGACCCAUACCACCAAGAACAGACCCAUACCAUCAAGAACAGUCCCAUACCACCAAGAACAGACCCAUACCAUCAAGAACAGUCCCAUACCAUCAAGAACAAACCCAUACCAUCAAGAACAGUCCCAUACCAUCAAGAACAGUCCCAUACCAUCAAGAACAGGACACCAUCAAGAACAGACCCAUACCAUCAAGAACAAGACCCAUACCAGACCCAUACCAAGAACAGACCCAUACCACCAAGAACAGACCCGCCUACCAAGAACAGCCCAUACCCAAGAACAGACCCAUACCAUCAAGAACAAGACCACAGACCCUACCACCACCACCAAGAACAAGAACAGACCCAUACCACGAAGAACAGUCCCAUACCACCAGAACAGACCCAUACCACCAAGAACAGACCCAUACCAUCAGAACAAACCCAUACCAUCAAGAACAGUCCCAUAUACCAAGAACAGACCCAUACCAUCAGAACAGACCCAUACCACCAAGAACAGACCCAUACCACGAAGAACAGACCCAUCCACCAAGAACAGACCCAUACCAUCAAGAACAGUCCCAUACCACGAAAAGAACAGUCCCAUACCACCAAGAACAGACCCAUACCAUCAAGAACAGACCCAUACCACCAAGAACAGACCCAUACCACGAAGAACAGACCCAUACCAACAGACCUACAAGAACAGACCCAUACCACCAAGAACGAACCAUCAAGAACAAACCAUACCAUCAAGAACAGUCCCUACCACGAAGAACAGACCCAUACCAUCAAGAACAGACCCAUACACGAAGGCAGACCCAUACCACAAGAACAGACCCAUACCACCAAGAACAGACCCAUACCACCAAGAACAGACCCAUACCAUCAAGAACAAACCCAUACCAUCAAGAACAGUCCAUACCACCAAGAACAGACCCAUACCAUCAGAACAGACCCAUACCACCAAGAACAGAACAGAACCCCAUCAGAACAGACCCACGAAGAACAGUCCCAUACCAUCAAGAACAGACCCAUACCACGAAAGACAGACCCAUACCACCAAGAACAGACCCAUACCACCAAGAACAGACCCAUACCAUCAAGAACAGUCCCAUACCACCAAGAACAGACCCAUACCAUCAAGAACAGACCCAUACCACCAAGAACAGACCCAUACCACGAAGAACAGUCCCAUACCACCAAGAACAGACCCAUACCAUCAAGAACAGUCCCAUACCACGAAGAACAGUCCCAUACCACCAAGAACAGACCCAUACCACGAAGAACAGUCCCAUACCACCAAGAACAGACCCAUACCACGAAGAACAGUCCCAUACCAAGAACAGACCCAUACCAUCAAGAACAGUCCCAUACCACCAAGAACAGACCCACCAUCAAGAACAGACCCCUACCAAGAACAGACCCAUACCACCAGAACGGACCCACCACCAAGAACAGACCCAUACCAUCGAGAACAAACCCAUACCAUCGAGAACAAACCCAUACCAUCAAGAACAAACCCAUACCAUCAAGAACAAACCCAUACCAUCAAGAACAGACCCAUACCAUCAAGAACAGUCCCAUACCACCAAGAACAGACCCAUACCAUCAAGAACAGACCCAUACCACCAAGAACAGACCCAUACCACGAAGAACAGUCCCAUACCACCAAGAACAGACCCAUACCAUCAAGAACAGUCCCAUACCACGAAGAACAGUCCCAUACCACCAAGAACAGACCCAUACCACGAAGAACAGUCCCAUACCACCAAGAACAGACCCAUACCAUCAGCUGCUUAACAUUCCCGACGUCAACACAAACCCCUGA